AUGGCACCCUCAACGAUUGGGGACUUUGCUGAUGUCCCCUGCAACCAACCGCCCUCCACACCAAUCAAGCCCGUCCAUUCUGAAGGCGCUUUGAUGCAUAGAUCCCUUGUGCAACAUCCCUACAUGGUCGAAUCUGCACAAGGAAUCGAGUUAAAGUUGUCUAGCGGCCAAACCAUCAUCGAUGGCUGUGGCGGCGCAGCAGUGGCCUUACUAGGGCAUGGGCUAGAGGAAGUCAUUCAAGCCAUUACCGACCAAGCCCGCAAAGUCAGCUACGUUCAUACCCAAUCUUAUACCACCGCACCUGCAGAAGAGCUAGCCGAUGUUCUUCUUCAAGGUAACCCGUACGGCUUGGAAAAGGCAUUUUUCGUUGGCAGUGGCAGUGAAGCUGUCGAGUCAGCACUGAAGCUUGCUCGUCAAUAUCAUUACGAAAACGGUGAUCUGGACAAGGUACAUAUCAUCUCUAGACGUCAAUGCUAUCACGGAAACACAAUGGCUACCAUGUCUAUCUCCACAAACCUUGCUCGCCGGGCCCCCUACCAUGGCUUCCUUUAUCCCAAUGUCUCUCAUGUCUCUCCUGCCUUUGCCUAUCAUCACAAACACAGUUCCGAGAGUGAAGGCCAAUUUACCUCUAGAUUACUGGUCGAGCUUGAGGAAGAGUUUCUACGUGUAGGACCUCAAAAGGUCGCUGCAUUUAUCGCCGAGACAGUAGUUGGCGCAACAUCUGGAUGCGUGGCUGCCCCGGCUGGCUACUUCAAAGGUGUCAGAGCUCUUUGUGACAAGUACAAUAUCGUCAUGAUACUUGACGAGAUUAUGUGUGGUAUUGGUCGCACAGGUACCUUCUUUGCAUUCGAGCAAGAAGGGGUAGUGCCUGAUAUCAUGACUGUUGCCAAGGGCCUCGGAGGUGGUUACGCUGCCAUUGCCGGUGUUCUCAUUCAUAAACGAGUCGUUGACGUUCUGAGACAAGGUUCAGCCGCUUUCAAUCACGGGCACACUUACCAAGCACAUCCAAUCUCGUGUGCUGCUGCAUUGGCUGUGCAAAGGAUUAUCCGACGCGAUAACCUUGUUGAGCGUUGUGCCAAGAUGGGGUUGGUUCUUGAAAGAAUGCUAAGGGAAGAUCUCAGUGGGUGUAGGUCAGUUGGAGACAUCAGAGGUCGAGGCUUAUUCUGGGGAGUUGAGUUUGUGAAGGAUCAAGAAUCUAAGCAGCCAUUUGACCCUGCAGAUAAAUUUGGCUUGAUGGUACAACAGUUGGCUUUUGAGAAGGGUGUUGCUCUGUACCCAGGUGGUGCAACGAUCGAUGGAGUCAACGGCGACCACAUUCUCCUUGCACCACCAUUUACUGUAACAGAAGAUCAGUUGCGGAUCAUCUCUCAGACUUUGAAACAAGCAGUGGAGGCUGCAGAAAGAACAGUGUGCUUUGACUAA